AUGAGUAUCGCAACCGUAGAAACGGGGUACGUGGGGAACCUCACCCAAGACCAAGAAGAGAAACUCCUACAGCUAUGGAGGAUCUUCUUGCGAUCGUGCGACGCCGAGUUAUAUCGCACAGACACGAAUCGGAGUGGCCAAACUACCUCCACAACAUCACCUAAACAGCGCAGAAGACUCUUCUCACUAUCAUGGUCGGAGGACACGAGCAAAACGAACGACUCGCCUCCGGUGCCUGCCAAACUGCUUUCCGAGCUUGAAGCGAUGAAGAUGAACGCACAGGAGAUCAAGUUAAUUCAGCAAGUUCUGACCAAGCUCAAGCCGGACGAGCGUCGCUCGGCUUUCUUUGCUAUGAUGAAACAAGACCAUCCAGACACAUUCCUUCUCAGAUACUUACGUGCCGAGAAGUGGAAUGUUCCCAAAGGUUUUGUCAAGUUCGUAUCAGCAUUGGAGUGGUGGAGCAAGCAGCAACAAGUAGAAACCGAGGUAAUCCGCAAAGGAGAGCUUCAUGCAUUGCAACAGUCGCAGAGCAGCACUUCCAGCAAUGAGAAAAAGGACGGUGAGGGCUUUAUAGCCCAAUUGCGCAUGGGUAAGGGCUUUUUUCAUGGCUCCGAUAAAUCCGGUCGUCCUAUUUGUGUUGUGAGAGCACGCACCCAUAAGCCAGGCGCGCAGACUGAAAAGGCGCUCAAUUCAUGUAUUUUGUGGAACAUCGAGGUGAUGCGACUGCUGCUUGUUCCUCCUGUUGAGACCAUGACACUAAUCUUCGACUUGACAAACUUUGCUCUUUCAAAUAUGGAGUACGCUCCAGUCAAGUUCAUUAUCGAAUGCUUCCAGGAAAACUAUCCCGAAUCGCUUGGAUACAUGCUCUUCUAUAAUGCCCCAUGGUUCUUCUCCGGAAUCUGGAAGGUCAUCCGGGGCUGGCUUGACCCGGUUGUGGCCGCCAAAGUUCACUUCGUGAACUCAGUUGAAGACCUGGAGCAAUUCAUCGAUCGAUCCCAGAUUGUGAAGGAACUUGGCGGUGAUGAAGACUGGACCUACGAAUACGUAGAGCCUGAACAAGACGAAAAUGCUCAACUUCAAGACACGACCACCAGAGACUCUAUCAUGGCCCAGCACCAACAGAUCGGAGAGGAACUCUUCGAAGCAACUUCGAUGUGGCUUUCUGCCAAGGACAAGGGGAAUAUGGGUGAUGCUUCACAGCAAAAAGAUCGUAGGGCGGAUAUCGCCAUGCGGUUACGGGAGAAUUAUUGGAAGCUGGAUCCGUACGUACGUUCCCGUACGCUUCUGGAUCGCAUUGGUGUGAUUCAAGCUCAUGGCAAUAUCGACUUUUAUCCCGUUAAAGAGGGCCAGGGGGAGAGCAAGGAGGUCAAUGAGAAGGACGUGAAGGCUGUGGUUGAUCAAGUGGAGUAUGCAAAUGGGGCACAAGUGGCCAGUGCAGCUUGA